AAUCCCUUUGGCGGGAAUCGAUUUAGAAGGCGCCACUGGUACAUAAAUUUCCCGCGCCCCCUCAACUUUACUCCCAGGUUUUCUCCCAAUUUCCAGCAAGUUCCAGCGUUAGGGUUUUCCAUCUCAAUUCCGACGAGAAAAAUGUUCUCCAGCCAGCUCGACGGCGGAGCCUCUGUCUUCUCCGGUGGCAGUUUCAUGCCAUCCCAAGCCACCCAAGCAGGGGAUUCUAGCCUCUCCAAGAAUCGCGGUGCUCCGGGGGUGUUCUCAGUGACCGUGAAGCAGAUCAGCUACGCAUAUCACUCAAGCGAUGACAAGUCCAGUUUCGUAAUUGACGGGGUCGAUGCCACCAACUUUAGGCUCCUGGGAAUGGUGUCGAACAAGGCGGAGAGGAAUACGGAUGUAACCUUCACUCUCGAUGAUGGCACCGGCCGGAUCGAUAUCAUCAGAUGGGUGAACGAAGCUUCGGAUGCAAAUGAAACAGCUAUUCUUCAGAAUGGUAUGUAUGUCAGCGUCAGUGGUAGCCUCAAAGGAUUUCAAGACAAGAAGCGUGCUGUUGCCUUCUCCAUCCGGCCUGUCACUGACUACAAUGAGGUUGCAUUCCACUUCAUUCAAUGCAUUCAUAUACAUCUAGAGAACACCAGAACCAAGGUUGGAGGUCCUACCCAAACACAGGCAAGUCCGGUCAUGGGAACCUCCUUUGUGACUGGAUCAAAAGAACCUCAAACUCCUGCCAAUCAAGUAUCGGAGCUCAAAAUCAUGAAUGGAUCUGAGAAGGACAUCUACAAAUUGGUCUUGAAUGUUUUCCAGGAACCUGCAAGCCUGUUGACUGCACCGUUACCUUGUGCCUGCCUUUUCAUUCGUGCUAGCGAACAUGGAUUGCAUGUAGACGAAGUUGCCAGGCGACUGGGAAAACCAAUCAAUCAGAUCAAGGAAGCUAUUGAUUACCAUGUUGAUGUCGGCCAUAUUUAUUCCACAAUUGAUGACUACCACUUCAAGUCCGCGCUUAUCGACUAGACCUUAUUAAUCUCCAUGUUCAUGAUGCGGUGUAGAGACAGAAUUUACCGUAAGAAAGAACCCAUCUUUUGCUAGCCAGCGAGCUUGAUGUUUCAUCUAUCUUUCUUCAUAAAAUUCUGUUGUUACAGUUGAAUUAUCGAGCUCCUUAAGAAUACACAGGUAUUGUAAAUUGAAAUGGACUAGAACUCUAGUAUCCCGAUACUUUUGUUUUCUCAAGCUGUUCGUCUGGCACUUUAAUUUGCGUUACGUGUGUGCUUAAUGUUAAAUUCCGUCUCUUGUUGUAUUGAAAUUUAUGAUCCAAAACAAGUAGCUUAAUGCUAGUUGUUGUCUACUGAUAAUUCAAACAGGUAGAAUGGUUGGUACCA